AUGACUGAACACUGGGACCAAAAUGCGCUACGGGCGCGCUUCUGUCAUGCUCUCUCUGAGAUGUACAAAAGCGAAGUCCCUCUUUACGGUGAUCUUGUUGAUGUGGUCUGGGAAGCAGAUGCAAAAGCUAUUCAGUCCAGUCAAAGCUUAGAAGGUAAAGUCAUCGACCCCGAUGAUAUCUUGCCCUCGCGACAUCGUGUAGAGAGACACGGCGCUAUUCGACUAGGAACACCCCAGGAACUGAGCACAAUCCGACGGAUGUUUGCUGUCAUGGGAAUGUACCCAGUGGGAUACUAUGACUUAAGCCUGGCUGGAUUUCCCAUGCAUGCCACCGCAUUCCGACCAAAGACACACGAUGCUCUCGCCGAGCAUCCAUUCCGCGUGUUCACAACAGUAUUGAGAAUGGACCUCCUGACAGAAAGGACACAAGAGCUGGCACAACAAGCGCUGAAGCGAAGGAACAUUUUCACGCCGAGACUUCUAUCCCUCUUGGAUCUUGUCGAUACAAAAGGAUCCUUAUCUUCGACAGAGUGCUCUGAAUUCAUAAAGAACGGCCUUGAGACAUUCAGAUGGCAUUCGAAAGCAACAGUCUCCCUAGAUGAAUACCAGAUACUCAAAGCUGAGCACCCUCUUAUCGCCGAUGUUGUCUCUUUCCCCAGCUCUCAUAUCAAUCACUUGACUCCCCGCACUAUCGAUAUCGAUCUAGUGCAGAAGCUCAUGGUGGACCGUGGAAUGCCUGCCAAGGAACGAAUCGAAGGACCUCCCAAACGAGUCUGUCCUAUUCUUCUUCGGCAGACGAGCUUCAAGGCCCUGGAAGAGACUGUCUACUUCCAUGACACAUCGGCCGAGUACGUGAAAGGAUCGCACACUGCCCGGUUUGGCGAGGUGGAGCAACGAGGUUACGCAUUGACUCGAGAGGGACGUCAGCUUUACGACCAGAUCUUGGACCGUGUCAAUGCAGAGGCAGCGAAGAAUAAGAUCAAAGGCAACGAUUACGAAAUACUUCUGGAAAACCGGUUCAAAGAAUUCCCGGAUACGUUGCAAGCUUUGCGUGAGCAUAAUUUAGCAUACUUUUGCUAUCGGGUGACCCCGAAGGGCAAGAAACUGUCGGAAGAUGGCGUCAUUCUUUCCAAAUCUGGAAGCUCCUCUGUGCCGCUGCAAGAACUUCUAGACCAAGGUGUUUUGUAUUAUGAGCCUCUCACCUAUGAAGACUUUUUGCCGUUGUCGGCCGGUGGGAUUUUUAAUUCCAAUCUCGGCAGUCCCUCGCAGUCAAAACAACUUAUUAUGAGUGCCGAGCCUGAUCUUGAUGGCUUUCAGCGCUCCCUAGGGUGCCUUAUCGCAGAUGAGUUUCACCUAUAUGCUGAAAUGGAGGCUAGUUCCUUGGAGGUUUGCAGGGGGCAACUCGGAUUAGAAAGAAUUGAGGCUUAA